CCACCACGUUGGCAUUGGGCACGUCACUCAUGACCCACUAACUAACACGUCGAUCUAAAGUCUCAAUUUCUCAACAAACAACAUCAACAUCGACAUUCCAUUCACCAUCUUCAAUAACCAACUUUCCUUCAAAGCUAUCAUCAAAGCAUUCGAACCUUUAAUCAUAUUUUCCCUUUGUAUCCAGUGACUUACACGACAAGCUUGCCUACGAAUCCGAACUGAAACACGCGGAGUCCAAAAAACCGACAUCUUUUCUUCAAGAAUGCCUACCAUCACUCUUUCAUGGACCGAUUUAGCUCUGGUAGCUCUUACAGCCGGAGUGAUAGGAGGUGUAGCAUUAGCUGGUUCUCAAACACGUUCAUCAUCAUCACCAACUUCAUCUCUCAACAAGGAGUCAACUAACAAAUCAAAAGGAAAUAAAAAGAAAAAACCCAAAUCUAAACAGAAUGAAAGUUCUACCACUUCUUCUUCUGCUUUACCCAGUCCUAGUUUAGAAGAAAAGAAAGUAGAGUCGGUUAGUGUGAGCAAACCAGCCUCAACGAAGAAGAAGGGAAAAGAAAACGAUAAAGGUUUGAAGAAGGUUACACCUGAUAGUCUUGAUGAAAAAGAGUCCCUGCACUUGGUUCUUCUAAUGGGAAAGGCAAUUCAUCGGAAUCGAAGGAGAAGGUAGUUGAGAAGGGUGAAUCUAAUCCUACUAGACCAUAUGCCGAACGGAUGCAAGUACCUGCGCGUAAGACGAAAGUAGAUGAUAUGAUUGAUGAGGAAGUUGAAAAACCGAUAAAAAUGGCAAGAGUGAUGAAGAUUGUAGAAGAAUCUUCUGGUUCUUCUUUAGCUGAAGAAACUGAAGUUGAAGAUGGUUGGGAAAAGGUUCCCGAUGGAAAGAAAUCACGUGGACCAAAAAGUAUAACAUUAAAAAUGAGUACGGUAUCCACUCCCAAUGCAACAGGACCACCUGGUUCAUCUACGAGUAAUACGACCACAGCAGUCACCAAACGUCAACGACAAAAUGCUAAAAAGAAAGAAGCCGCAAAAGCAGCCAAGGAAGCUGAAGAAGCUGAAAGACUUGGUAGACUUUCAGCUCAUAAACGUCAACAAGAAAGAAUUAGAAUGAAUGAGCAAAGUUCAAGUGCUUCUAAUAAUCGAUCUAGCAAGUCUAAGGAAGUCAGUGGUGGGAUGAAAGCUUCGAUUGCUGAUGACGGGAAAUUGAUUUGGGAAUAAACUUGUUUCAUUGAUUCUAUUCAAUAUUGAAGGUUUUGUACAAAUGGCGGAAUGCUCCUUUGGAGGAUCAAAUGAUCAUGACAAACGCCUUAUUUCUGCAAUUUUGAUUCACACAUACAUAUGGCUUGUUUAAAUCCUGAUUUUUUUAUAUCAGAAUAUCUUAUCAAUCGAAAACAAAGACUUGAUCAAUUAUUUAAUCUUUUUUCAAAACAAAAAAAAACAAAUUAGUUGAAAUUAUCUUUGUAUAAUUUUUGUUCAAUUGUAGCUCGGUGUAUAUACGCGUGCGUGUGUGUGUGUUUGCUCAGUUUGUUUUGGAAUAUGGCCUAUGAGCUAUUGAAUGAGUGAUUUUUAAGGGCUUUUCUGCUUUAGU